AAAAUUUCAAGUUCGAAAUCUGGAAUCUAACUUUGAAAUUUCAGAAACUCUGUUUCUCCCUCCAUCCUCUGCAUUUCAUUUUCGAAUUCGAACUCGAAAUCUCAAAUUCUAAAAAUCCCGCCGCCAAUACCAUUCAAUCUCUGCACUUGCCUUACAAAUACAUCUCACACUCUUCGCCCAUUUCGCGCAUCUCUUCAAUUCUGUUCAACAGUGGGAAUGGAGUUGCAGACCGAUCUGCUUCCUCCAUCAAGGCUUCAGAUUGUGGGUAUUUCUAUGGAACAACACCAAAACAAGGAGAAUUCUCCGCCAUUUUUAUUCAGCAGAUCUGCUGUACCGUUCUCUACUCUUCAAUUUCUCAAGAGGCGCCCUCUGCACGACAUUACCCAUUUGUUUUCUACCAAUACCAGUACCGAAUCCAUUCAUAAUGGAAGAGGAAUGGUCUCUGAAGCGGUAGAGCCGAUUGCAGGCGUUCAGAACAGGAAGAGAAAAUCCACAAAUCUAUCGAGUGACAGCAAUACUAGUAUUCCCAAUCUGAAAAGGCCAUCUCUCAGAACAGAUUUCAGAUGAAAUGCCUACUGGUAGCAGGCAAUCAUAAUGAUCCGUGAGGCAGAUAAGAUGUGGGGAGUCAGAUUUUUGUUUCUCUACUUCGAUCAGGAAGUCUGUAUGAAUUCUGUUCUCAGACAAGUAACAACAAUGCAUCACUUAAAUUUUGCCAACAAUUGUGAUGUUGAAUGAAAAACUGGGGAAACUGUGAUCAGUAUAGGCUGCUAUCAUGCUCUUUUUGUGGUUCAUAAAUGUCAAAACAUUUUGAUUAGAUGUAUCCUUUAUAGAUAGCUUCCGCCAUUGAAGCCUGAGCACUUCUUCUGUUACAUCUAGUGUUUGCUCAAAUGUAAUGAAUCUGUGUUAUGCAGUCGAUAGAUGUAGAGAGAGUAUACGAUGCUGAACACAGUGUACCCAUUUGCAGAGUGAAGCUGUAAAAAUUCAGUCAAAGGAAGAAGUUCUGACCUUAGCUUUUCCGAACUAAA